AUGGUCGUGCCCACCUUGCCCAUCGAUGUCUUACUGGUCGUCUUGCGAUAUCUCCACGUUCCCGAAAUCCUCCAACUUCGACAAACAUGCAAAGACUUUCGGGCCAUCACCCAAACACGGAGUUUAUGGUUCUCUCUUCUGCAAAACGAAAUCGUCCGCAAACGAAUUCCAAUUCCUGGUCUCAAGAGACGCGGCCUUGAAGAUCUCCCGGCAGAGGAACUAGAGAGGCUUUUUUUCAAUUCCUUACGACUGCAUAGAAACUGGACCUCCCGCGCUCCUGUAGCACUCCACAGCUCUGCUUUCACCGUCACAGACGAUCCCAGAGCACAAGUCGUGUCUCUGACGUUCCUCCCUGGGAUGGGAGGGAGGUGGCUGAUAUCUCUGGCGCUCACCCCGAAACCCCAAGGCCGACUGUUCAGUCUUCAAUGCUGGUCCCUUUCUGAGCACCCCAACUGCGUCGCCCAGCGCACCUUUACCGAUCUUCGCGGCCUCAGAAUCAACACCGACCCAGGUCAUCCAGGGAUGCUGGCUGUAGGAUCCUCUCUCGGCAUUGAGAUCUUGUCCGUCGACUUUGCGGCAGAGGACCCGGAGCUCGGCUUUGCCCUGGUGCAGGUGCUGGAUCAAGUGACCGAAAGCCCUUUUGCGUUUACGGGGUCAACUUUGCUAACCAGGUUCGGUGACAAUCAGCUGCAUCUGCGCACCUUGGAGAAUCCCUACUUCGUGGUUGAGCUGUCCAAUCCAGCAUAUGUUCAGCAAAGCGAGUGUCUGGAUGCGCUCCUUUGUGACGGCUACGCUCUGGUCACCAGGACGGAGACACUCGAGAUUUAUCUACUCUCGUCCUUUCGCGCCCAGGAAUCUGGCGACCGCAUCCUCGAACCGAUCAGCUCCCAUGUCUGGCAAUGGAAGCUCGACAGCGCGUCCAUGGUUUUUCGAGCGGGACCCGCGUCGCACUGGCCCCGACCCGUCGAUCUUCUCGUGAGAUUCUCCAGCCUCUUCCCCUGGCCAGUGAAUGCUCUGCAUCACUACCAUCUCGACUCGCCUAGACUCCUCCCGACAGCUUACGUGGCCCAGCCCACCCUCACGCGGACCCUGGCAUCGCCGGUCCGACUAUUCGCCCGUUUCGAUAUGUGUCUAGGCCCGUUUGGAACUGCUUUGUGGAUGGAUUCACACACAGAGGACUACUUUGACCACGCAAUCGAAGGCCAACGGCUCGCUGGAACGCUCAUUUCGCAUCAUGUGACCGAGGGGUAUUCUGGGACUUGCGCAGUUUUUCAUGCCCAGGAGCAUGAUACUUGGGUGCGGAUUGGGAUGCUGGAAGAAGAGGGGAAGAUCGCUUUGGCGACAACGUCAGCUGAGGUCAAGGUUUAUGAAUAUUGUUGA